GUACUGUCACAAACCUGAACUGUGACCCACGUGACUGAUGCGUCUGCGCUUAAAACAAAGCGAGGGUGUGAAGCAAACUGGUGUCGGAACUCAGGAUGUCUCUAUAUCGGAAUAGCAUCUGGUUUUUAAAGGGAAUCCAUGAAUACACAAGGAAGGGAUUCGAGAGUGCCGCUAAGCGGUUUGUGGAGAAGGACCUGGAUGUGUCCGUGGCAGGCCGGUCCUUCAUGAUAACUGGCGCUAGCAGUGGAAUCGGGAAAGCCGCUGCCAUCGCCAUCGCUAAGAGAGGCGGAGUGAUCCAUAUGGUCUGCAGGAAUAAGGACAAAGCUGAGGAAGCCAGAGGUGACAUCAUCAGGGAGACGGCCAAUAAGGAGAUUCAUGUCCAUAUCCUGGACCUGUCAGAGCCUCGAAAAGUUUGGGAAUUUGCUGAAGCCUUUAAGAAGAAAUACAAAUCUCUGAACGUGCUGAUUAAUAAUGCAGGCAGCAUGAUGAAUGAGAGAGAGGUGAACACUGAUGGGCUGGAGAAGAGCUUUGCCACCAACACUCUGGGGGUGUACAUUCUGACCAAGAGCCUGAUCCCUCUUCUGGAGAAGAGCAGUGACCCCCGGGUGAUCACGGUGUCCUCAGGCGGAAUGCUGGUUCAGAAACUCCGCACGGGAAACCUGCAGUCUGAGCGCGGCCCAUUUGAUGGCACCAAAGUCUACGCCCAGAACAAGAGGCAGCAGGUGGUGAUGACAGAGCAGUGGGCCAAAACACACGACUCCAUCCACUUCUCCGUCAUGCACCCUGGCUGGGCCGACACCCCAGCCGUGGCAGCAGCGAGGCCAGACUUCUACCGGUCGAUGCAGCACAAGCUGCGCAGUCCUGAGCAGGGUGCGGACACCGUGGUGUGGCUGGCCGUGUCUGAAGCUGCCACCGCCAAACCCAGCGGACGCUUCUUCCAAGAUCGCAGGAUGGUCUCUGCUCACCUGCCAUUGGCCUGGACUCGCAGCCCCCAGGACCGGGAGCAGAAGUUCAUGGUGCUGCUGGAGGAGAUAGGCAAAACCUUCCAGCCGCACUGAGCCCGAGUGGCUCCACCAUGAGUGGUCAUGGUCUGGCGGCGCCACCAUUCAGGCCACGCCUGUCUCACCACUUACCGCUACAAUGCCCGAUUUACCAAAAUAACGCUUUAACUGCUGUGAAGCUUUAACUCACUUCUAAGCAGGUCCAUGUUUGGUAGUUUUAACAGGUGGAGGAGAGAGGUGUGUUCCUGCAGCUUAAAGGGCACACGUGCUGCAUGCUGCACUGCUGUACAGCAGCAGGAGUGACUCAUUACUCCUAUUAGGGGGGGGGGGGGCUGUUGUGUGCAUGGGUAAUGAUAACAGCUUAGGACUGUGUGACACAGGAGGGUCCCACAGGGUUUCCUCAUCUCCUCUCUAAAAUGCAGGGGCUGGCAGGACAGGGCACUUGGAGGUGGGAGGGGCUCCAGAAGUGGGCAGGCCUACUUCUGGGGCACCGUGGGAGAAAAUGCCAAAUCUGCAGGUCCCACCUAGCUAGCUAUAGCCUGUGAUGGAAAGGGCUGUUUCAGGAGGGCACUGAAGGGUUAAGUUUAUGGAGCCAAAGGCAGGACAGUGUUUAGCAACACUACCUGGACAGAACAUUGCAUGAGGUCUUACCUGUGGAACCCAGCCCAGAAGGACUCUCUCCUCUCUGCACUUCGCUCUGAAAACACAGACUUUAUUAACAUUUAAACACUCGAGCAGUUUGGCUUCUGUUGUGUCCUAACCUUUGGCUGACCUGAUGUUUUUACUGACAGCAUCACUGGAUGUGUGCCUGACUGAUGUGUGAUAAUUUGAAUGAUGUGUAAUUUCAGUAUUUAACCACCGUCGUCUGAGCAGUUUUGAAAUUCUACUGGUUAUGAGAGUACUGAAGCCGUUUGUUUCUCUGGGUCAGUAUGUCUCAUCUUCAGAUCACAGGGACUGAGGAUCCCUGAGUGUAUGAAUAGGAUGCCAAAAAAUGGAAACUUAAAAAUGCAGGACUCGCUUCCUCCCUCCCUAUGUAUGUCUGAAUCUGGUACUGUGGAUCUCUCUUUCCAUGUGCGGUUCUGUUAACUUGUCUGUCCUUCUAUGUUGGGUUCUGUUAACUUGUCUCUCCCUCUAUGUUGGGUUCUGUUAACUUGUCUCUCCCUCUAUGUUGGGUUCUGUUGACUUGUCUCUCCCUCUAUGUUGGGUUCUGUUGACUUGUCUCUCCCUCUAUGUUGGGUUCUGUUGACUUGUCUCUCCCUCUAUGUUGGGUUCUGUUGACUUGUCUCUCCCUCUAUGGAGGGUUCUGCUGACUUGUCUGUCCUUCUAUGUUGGGUUCUGUUGACUUGUCUGUCCCUCUUUGUUGGGUUCUGUUGACUUGUCUCCAUUGUAUCUGGCUGGAUCACUCCUCUCGUGUCUGGUUUAGUGCACCCCCUGCUUCAAACUCCCUGGCUCUGUCUUUCAGAUAGUUUGGUUUGCAUUUUAUGGCAGAUGUUUGGACUUAAAUGAUUGGAACAUGUUUUGAACCACAUGGAAAAUCACAUAUCUUAUGUACCUUCAACCGAAUGGCCAAAUCCUUAUGUGCUGACUGUAGAAUAUGAGAAUAAUCACAUGUACUCUUCUCUCUCUUCAUAUGUACUCUAUCUGCUCUAAAUAACUCUAAUGUACUGCCCCCUUAGUAAUGAGAAUAAAAACAUUUGGCUCUGAAA